AGGGAUGGUUCGUUUCAGAAUUAAUGGCACCGUUACCCCGACGGAAUUUGGAAUACCAACAUUGACAUAGAUUAAGAGAAGGAUGUUCUCUGCCACAGAGUACUGAUGCUCCUGUUUCGUCUUGGGCCUUUGGCUGGUUUUUCACCAGACACUAACCAUGUCCUUCACGGUAUCAAUUACUCCCGUGCAGGCUUAUGCCUGUGUGAAUCUGUUUAUUAUUGUUCUCCUGCGCAGCGACAACCGAGGAAGGCUACAUUCAUAUCUGCACCCCGCAUGACUUUCCCUAUGCCUCGAAUAAUUACCCGUGUCACUUUCCUACAUGUUCCUCCAGUCGGAGAGUCACAUAGUUUGGAAGACAUGAAGUUAAGCUUCGAAGAAAUCAUUAAGUUUAUCUGUUGGAGAAAUGGCAGCGUCCAUGUCGAUUGAGGUGAUGAUUUGCUCACGGCCCCCUGGGAAAUCCCCGCAUUUUGGGACAAUGAUCACUUCGCAUUCUGCUCAACUCGCGUUUGAGUUGGCCACCCACACUGCAAUAGCACCCGAGACAGAUGCGCGCAUGCACUGCAUGACAUCGUUCUGCGUCCCAGUGAUUGAAGUUAUCCUCGCCCGGGGUAC